AUGUAUGCACGGCUUCGUCAACGAAUCCUGGAACGUCAGUGCACGGAGCUGUUACACGAUAUGGCUGGUAAACCUGAUGCUCCGCAAGGUGCCACUGAACAGGGUUUUGCGAUUGAGCUAUUUACCCUGGUCCAUAAUGUGCUCCGCUCGUUCCGUGACGCGCGGUGCAAGAUCGGGCGGAUUGUAAACGACGAAGAUUUGUACUAUCUGACAAAAAAGGUAAGUGUUUAUCACAUGCAAAUGCGUCUUUACGUUUGCUCUCUUUUUUAG